GGUGCAGUAUCAGUACGGUAUCGGCAGUGGAUGCAGAGAGCUGCGGAAGGCUCCUCCAUCAUCUUCAUCAUCAUCAUCGUCGUGGUCGCCGUCUUGUCGCCGCCGCCAUCAGCAGAGAAGACAAGACAGGAGAAAAAGGAUUGUUUUAUUUUUCUUCUUCUCUUCGUCGCCCUCCUCGCGCCAGGGAGAGAGCAGCGAUGUUGUGCAGGGACGUGUGAUGUGGACGUGACGUGACGUGACGUGACAGACAGGUGCAACAUCUUCCUGCAGGCUGCACUUUGGGAGUAAAAAGAGAAAAGGUGCUAGUUUGCAUCCCGGCGAGCCUCCUAGCUGCUUCUCCCGCAUCACAGACUUGCUGCAUGGUGACAAAGUGCACGUCUUGCCUCCGUGUCCCCGGGAAGCGCUCCAACAUGCCCGACUCACCUGCGGACGUCAAGACACAGUCCAGGUUGACCCCCCCUACCAUGCCGCCCCCUCCCAGCACCCAAGGAGGCCCCCGUAACAUGUCCUACACGCCCACCACCUUGACCAACGGCAGCAGCCACUCGCCCGCCGCCCUCAACGGAGCGCCGUCGCCGCCCGGCGGCUACAGCAACGGGCCGGGCUCCUCCUCCUCGUCCUCGCUGGCCAAUCAGCAGCUGCCCCCGGCGUGCGGCGCCCGGCAGCUCAGCAAGCUGAAGCGCUUCCUCACUACGCUGCAGCAGUUCGGCAACGACAUCUCGCCCGAGAUCGGCGAGCGUGUGCGCACGUUGGUGCUCGGCCUGGUGAAUUCCACGCUGACCAUCGAGGACUUCCACUCCAAGCUCCAAGAAGCCACCAACUUCCCGCUGAGACCUUUCGUCAUUCCCUUCCUGAAGGCCAACCUGCCUCUCCUGCAGAGGGAGCUCCUUCACUGCGCCCGACUGGCCAAGCAGAACCCGGCCCAGUACCUGGCCCAGCACGAGCAGCUGCUGCUGGACACCAGCACCACCUCCCCAGUGGACUCCUCCGAGCUGCUGCUGGACCUCAAUGACAACGGGAAGAGGCGGACCCCCGACAGAAGCAAAGAGAACGGCCUGGACCGAGACCCCACCUCCACCUCCACCACCACCGCCCCCCCGCACCCGGACGUGCACCCGGGCAAGCGGCCCUGCACCCUCAGCCCCGCCCUGCGCUUCAGUCCUUCCAACGGCGCCCCCUACCAGCCGCACCCUGGCCCGCUGCCGCCGCCACACUAUCGCCUGGACGACAUGGCGGUCGCCCACCACUACCGUGACGCCUACCGCCACCCGCCCUCCAAUCACAGGGAGACCCGCGAGAGAGCCCGCCCCCUAGUGGUGCAUGGUGGGGGGAGACAGGAGGAGAUGAUCGACCACCGUCUGACAGAGAGAGAGUGGGCAGAGGAGUGGAAACACCUUGACCAUGUAAGAAAAUUGCUGAACUGCAUCAUGGACAUGGUGGAGAAGACGCGGCGCUCGCUGACCGUGUUGCGCCGCUGCCAGGAGGCCGACCGCGAGGAGCUCAACCACUGGAUACGGCGCUACAGCGACGCCGAGGAGCUGAAGAAGGGCGGCGGCGGCGGAGGGCAGUCCAGGCAGCAGAGCCCGGCAGGGCAGGACAACACACUGUCAGAAAUUCACAGGGAGCUCCUGCAGCGACCUGUGUCUGGUUAUGUCCCUGAAGAAAUCUGGAAGAAAGCCGAGGAGGCGGUGAACGAGGUGAAGCGGCAAGCGGUGUCGGAGCUGCAGAAGGCGGUGUCGGAGGCGGAGCGUAAAGCCCACGACAUGAUUAGCAGCGAGCGCGCCAAGAUGGAGCGCGCCGUCGCCGAGGCCAAGCGGCAGGCGGCCGAUGACGCCAUGUCGGUCAUCAACCAGCAGGAGGACUCCAGCGAGAGCUGCUGGAACUGCGGCCGCAAAGCCAGCGAGACGUGCAGCGGCUGCAACACGGCGCGCUACUGCGGCUCUUUUUGCCAGCACAAGGACUGGGAGAAGCACCACCACGUCUGCGGCCUCGCACCCCCCGCUCCCCCUGCACCCCCCGCACCCCCUGCACCCGCCCCCAGCAGCUGCACGGGGAGUCCCGCAGCGACGCCGCCCGCCACCACCCCGCGCUCCUCCACCCCCGCCACCCCCACGUCGUCCUCGGCGCCGGACGGGCCGCCGCACUAGUGAGGAUGAUGAGGAUGAUGAUGAUGCAAGUCAUAUUGACUGUGAAGACAUUCUUUCUUGUACAUGAUGUCCCCACUCCCACUCAUCUCUGCCUCUUCCAUCCAUCCUUGCUCACACACUUGAUGUCCCUGAUGACUCUCGCUACCACAUGUCCUCUUGUUGCAACCCUGGACACAUCUGGACAUAUUGACACACAUCUGGACAUGUUAGGACACAUCUGGACAUAUUGACACACAUCUGGACAUGUUAGGACACAUCUACACUCAUUGACACAUAUCCGGACAUGUUAGGACACAUCUGGACAUAUUGACACAUAUCUGGACAUUUUUGGACAUGUUAGGACACACAUGGACAUUUUUGGACAUGUUAGGACACACAUAUAAAUGUUAGGACACAUCUGGACAUAUUGACACAUAUCUGGACAUUUUGAUGUAUGUAUGGACAUUUUUAGACAUAUUGAGACAUGUUUGGAUAUAUUCAGAUAUUUUUGGACAUGGUAGGACACAUCAGGGCACAUUUAGACAUAUCUGGACAUUUUUGGACAUAUUUAGAUAUGUUUGGACAUUUUUUGAAAUAUUUACACUUAUUUGGACAUAUUUAGAUAUUUUGGACAUGUUAGGACACAUCAGUACAUAUCUGGACAUAUUGGACAUAAUUACACAUAUUUAGACAUUUAUGGACAUGUACACAUUUGGAUAUAUUUAGACAUUUUUGGACAUAUUUACACAUAUUUGGACAUAUAUUUAGAUAUUUUGGGAUAUGUUAAGACACAUCAGGACAUAUUAAGGCAUAUCUGGACAUAUUUAAACAUAUUUGCACAUAUUUUGACAUAUUUAGACAUUUUUGGAUAUUUACACAUAUUUUGACAUUUUUUGACAUAUCUACACAUAUUUGGACAUAUCUAGACAUUUUGGGACAUUUACACAUAAUUGGACAUAUUUAGACAUGUUUGGACAUAUUUACACAUGUUUGGACAUAUUUACACAUGUUUGGACAUAUUUACACAUAUUUGGACAUAUUUAGACAUACUUACACAUGUUUGGACAUAUCUGGACAUGUUUGGACAUAUGUACACAUAUUUGGACAUAUUUAGACAUACGUUUUUGGACAUACAUAGACAUAUUUAGACAUUUUUGGAGAUUUUUAGACAUAUUUGGCUUUUUUUUUUUUGACAUGUUUGGACAUAUUUAGACAUUUUAGGACACAUCCGGACAUAUUUAGACAUAUGUUUUUGGACAUAAAAAAGACAUAUUUAGACAUUUUUAGACAUAUUUUGACAUAUCAAAAUAUUUUGACAUGUUUGGACAUUUCUUGACAACUAUAGACAUUUUUGAACAUAAGUGGUCAUAUUUGGAUUUUUUUUUGCCAUAUUUUGCAUUAUCAGAAUAUUUUUGGACAUACCAGGACAAUUUUGGACAUAUCUGGACAUUUUUGGAGUGGAGAUAUCUGGCCGUUUCUGGACAUAUCUGAAUAUAUUUGGGCACAUCUGGACAUUUUUGGGCAUAUCUGGACAUAAUUGGACACAUUUGGAGUGGACAUAUCUGGACAUAUUGGGGCAUAAUUGGACACUUUGGGAGUGGACAAACUGGGAGUGGACAUAACAAAGUGAUUGUGGAACAUGGACGUUGGGGACGUGAAGUUAGCGAGGAACGAACAAAGCAUCGAGCAGAAGCUCCUGGAAGGUGAGCUUGGACAAAAUGUCUCCCGGAGCAGGAAGUGACAUCAUGGUCACAUGACCCAGCAAAGGACAAUGUUUAUUUAUUGUUUGAUAAAGGUGUUGAACAAUGACACCGCGCUGCUUUUCUACCUGGUGUCCUUGUUGAACCUGUCAUGGACACACCCUGGUCUCGGAGCUGCUACGACUGGGAUCAACCUUUUUCUUUUCUAAAUCCAAAAUGUAUUUGCACUGACUGUCACACACUAUCUCGGCAUGCCACACGUUUGACUUCUUUUAUAGUGAUAGUGGUUCACGUGGCAAAGGGGGCGGGGCCAAUUUAAACAUUGUGUCUGAAAUUGUUUUUCUUUUCCUUACCCUUGUUUAGCUAAACCUUUACCCUAACAUCUGUUAAACAUUAGCUAAACAUUUAGCUUAACAUUUGUUAAACAUUAGCUGAACAUUUAGCUUAACGUUUGUCAAACAUUAGCUAAACAUUUGGCUUAACAUUUGUUAAACAUUAGCUAAACGUUUGUCAAACAUUAGCUGAACAUCUGUUAAACGUUAGCUUAACAUUUGUUCAAUGUUAGCUAAACAUUUAGCUUGAAUUUGUCAAACGUUAGCUAAACAUUUAGCUAAAUGAUAGCCAAACAUUUAGCUUAACAUUUGUUCAACAAUUGCCAAACAUUUAGCUUAACAUUUGUUAAACGUUAGCUAAACAUUUAGCUUAAUAUUUGUCAAACGUUAGCUAAACAUUUAGCUUAACAUCUGUUAAACGUUAGCUAAACAUUUAGCUUAACAUUUGUUAAACAUUAGCUGAAUAUUUAGUUUAACAUCUGUUAAACAAAGGCUAAACAUUUAGCUAAACUUUAGGUAAACAUUUAGCUUAACAUCUGUUAAACGUUAGCUAAACAUUAGCUUAACAUCUGUUAAACGUUAGCUAAACAUUUAGUUUAACAUUUGUUAAACAUUAGCUAAAUAUUUAGCUUAACAUCUGUUAAACAAAGGCUAAACAUUUAGCUAAACUUUAGGUAAACAUUUAGCCUAACAUUUGUUAAACGUUAGCUAAACAUUGAGCUUAACAUUUGUUCAACGUUAUCUAAACAUUUAGCUUAACAUUUGUCAAACAUUAGCUAAACAUUUGUUAAACAUUUAGUUUAACAUUUGUCAAACAUUAGCUACACAUUUGGCUUAACAUCUGUUCAUAGGCUGAACAUUUAGCUCAACAUUUGUCAAAUGUUAGCUAAACAUUUAGCUUAACAUUUGUUCAACGUUAGCUAAGCAUUUAGCUUAACAUUUAUUCAACGUUAGCAAAACAUUUAGCUAAACGUUGGCUAAAUGAUAGCUAAACAUUUAGCUUAUCAUUUGUUAAACAUUAGCUAAACAUUUAGCUUAACAUCUGUUAAACGUUAGCUUAACAUCUGUUAAACAAAGGCUAAACAUUUAGCUAAACUUUAGGUAAACAUUUAACUUAACAUCUGUUAAACGUUAGCUAAACAUUUAGCUUAACAUUUGUUCAACGUUAUCUAAACAUUUAGCUUAACAUUUGUCAAACAUUAGCUAAACAUUUAGCUUAACAUCUGUUCAACGUUAGCUAAACAUUUAGCCUAACAUUUAUUCAAUGUUAGCAAAACAUUUAGCUUAACAUUUGUUAAACGUUAGCUAAACAUUUAGGUUAUCAUUUGUUAAACGUUAGCUAAAUGUUAGCUAAACAUUUAGCUAAAUGAUAGCUAAACAUUUAGCUUAACAUCUGUUAAACGUUAGUUAAACGUUUGCUAAACAUUUAGCUAAUCGUUAGCUAAAUGAUAGCUAAACAUUUAGCUUUACCUAAGCUAAAACGUUAGCUCAAUGCAUGAACAACACUUUGCAAAGUAAUUCUUUUAUACGAAAUGACAAGAAAAAAGACAAAAAAAAAUAUUGGGACAAGGUUUCCAAAUGUAGAAGUGAAUACUCCCAUUGACAGCUUUAAGCACCACUUAACACACACACACACACACACACACGUUCAAAAACAGCCAAAGACGUUUAUCACCAAAUCCUCAUUUCUAAUAAUAAUUGACUAAAAGUGCCAUUUGUCUAUGAAAAGUGGAAGCUGUUAGCUCAACAUUUGCAGCAAUAAUUACCAACAAUAUUUAAUAACACUCAUCAACAAUAAUUAUUCAUAUUUACAACGCCAACCAUGAUUGUUACCAACAACAAUUAACAAUGUUUGUUAACAAUAAUUGCCAACAAUAAUCAUUAACAAAAAAUGUCAGCAAUAUUCACUGAGAAAAUUGCCAACAAUAAAUUGUAACAAUCACACUAAUUAUUGAUAAUUAACUACAAACAUUGCUAACAAUAAUCUAUAACAAUCAUUACAGACAAAAAAUGUAACUGUAAUUAUUAAUCAUAAUUACCAGCGAUUUUUACAAAAAAUAUGUCAUAAUAAUGUUACCAACAAUAAUAACCAACAAAAAAAUGUGGACGAUAAUUACCCAAAAAAAUUAUAUUUACAAUAAAUACCAGCUAUAAAUAUUGACAAUAAUUAUUGCAAAAAUAAUUACUGGCAAUUAUUUUCAACAAUAAUUGAAAAAAAUAAUUGCCAGCAAAAAUGUUAGCAAAAAAUUACCCAAAAAUAAUUAUGAAUAAUCACAUAAUUAUUGACAGUAAUUACGGUACCAACAAUAAUUAACAAUAAAUGUUUUUAAUUAUUAAGAUAAAAGGCUAAAAUUAACAGCAAUAAUUAGUAAUAACAAUUGUUUAAAAAUUAAUAAAGACAAUAUUUUUUUAACAUUAGUUAUUACCAAUAAUUACAGACAGAAACUAUAGAAAAAAUUACCAACAAUAAUUUUUAACAAUAGUUAUUGAUAGCAAGCAACAAAAAUCAUUACCAAUAAUGACAAAAAAUGAAAAAAUAUAAAAAAAUAUUACCAACGAUAGUGAUAACAAUAAUUAGCAACACAAAUAGUAGCAUUAAUUACCAAAAAUAAUCAUGAAUAAUCACAUAAUUAUUCACAGUAAUUAUAGUCCCAACAAAAAUUAUUAAGAAUAAUUGUUUUUAAUUAUUACGAUAGAAGGCUAAAAUUAACAACAAUAAUUAGUAACAACAAUUGUUUAAAAAUAAAUAAAAACAAUAUUUUUUAACAUUAGUUAUUACCAAUAAUUACAGACAGAAACUAUAGAAGGAAUUACCAACAAUAAUUUUUAACAAUAGUUAUUGAUAGCAAGCAACAAAAAUCAUUAACAAUAAUGACAAAAAAUGAAAAAAUAUAAAAAAAUAUUACCAACAAUAGUGAACAAUAAUUACUAACACAAAUAGUAGCAUUAAUUACCAAAAAUAAUAAUGAAUAAUCACAUAAUUAUUCACAGUAGCUACAGUCCCAACAAAAAUUAAUACAAAUAAUUGUUUUUAACUAUUACGAUAGAAGGCUAAAAUUAACAGCGAUAAUUAGUAACAAAAAUUGUUAAAAAAUAAUUAAAGACAAUAAUUUGAGAAAUGGACAAGCGGUAUAAAAUGGAGGGAUGAAUGGAAUUUUCAACAUUAGUUACUAGCAAUAAUUAAAUAAAUAAAUGAUAAAUGGGUUGUACUUGUAUAGCGCUUUUCUACCUUCAAGGUACUCAAAGCGCUUUGACACUACUUCCACAUUUACCCAUUCACACACACAUUCACACACUGAUGGAGGGAGCUGCCAUGCAAGGCGCCAACCAGCAACCAUCAGGAGCAAGGGUGAAGUGUCUUGCUCAGGACACAACGGACGUGACGAGGUUGGUUCUAGGUGGGAUUUGAACCAAUUAUAGACAGAAACUACAGAAAAAAAUACCAACAAUAAUUUAACAAUUGUUUUUGACAAUGAUCAUAAACAAUAAUUAAUAACAAUUAUUAUUGCCUUUAACUAAUUCUUAACAAUAAUUACCAACAAUAAAUACCGACAAAAACGACCAAUGAUUUUAUGCAAUUAUUGACAGUAAUUAUCAACAAUAUUUAACCAAAAUAUUUAUUGACAAUAAUUACCAACAGUAGUAAUUAACAAUAAUUUUCAUCAAUAAUUGUUUAUUACAUUUAUGAUAAUUUUUUCAACAAUAUUUAACAACAAUCAUUGGCAACAAUAAAUGAUAAAAAAAUAACAGACAAUAAUUUUCGACUUUAAUUAUUAACAAUAAGUACCAACAUUAAGGACAAAAAUUUACAGAAACAUUUAUUUUUAGCAAAAACUCUUGACAAUAAGCAACAAUAAUUAUUGACAAUAAUUACCAACAUUAAUUAUGGACACAAUUCACAGAAGAAUUACCAAUAAUAGUUAUUAAAAAUAAUUAAUAACAAUUAUUUACAAUAACUACCAAUGUGUAUUACCAACAAUAAUUAUUAACGAUCAUUACCAACCAUAACUACAUAAAUAAGUACAGACAAUUUUUAAUAUUUAUUUAAAUUAAUUAUUAACAAUAAUAACUGACAAUAUUUUCUAAUAAUUAUCAAAAUUAAUUACCAACAAUAAUUAACGAUAACUUCCGAUAAUAAUUAUUAAUUACCAGCAAAAAUCUUUGAAAACGGUUACCAAGAAUAUAUGCUAACAAUAACUACUGACAAUAAUUAUUAACAAUGAGUACCAAAAAUAAUCAUUUACAAUAAUUACCAACAGUAAUUUCCGACAACAGUAACUAACAAUGAUUUUAACGAAAAUGACAGACAAUUAUUGUUGACAAUAUUAUCAACAAUGUCACAUUCUGUUACUUAAAUUUAAAAAAAAUACAAAAUAUUAUUGUAACAUUUUGCAUUUUUCUUGUCAAAUUAUAAGUCACCCCUUUUUUCUAGUAUGAUACAAAAAGGUUUUAAUAAAUUCAAAAUGUGACUUGUUUCUGUCAUAUUCCACUUUUCACCCCAUUUAGAAAAAUGGCACAUUUUUGGGCAUAUUUUAGCCACUUUUUGAUCUUGAUGACACAACAACUGGUUGUUAUUACUUAGCUAAGAUUUGUGUUGCAGCAACACACACACAUUUUGGUGCUAUACACACACACACACACACACACACACACACACACACGGAAUGCAUGCGUGUUGUGUAUUAAAAAAACAUAAAACGAUGACCUCAAUGAAGAAGUGUGACAAAAAACCAAGUGAAUGCGUCCAAAAAGAGUUGUGCGACUUCUCAUAAGCUGUGAAAGAGUGAACAGCCGAGCUGUUUGUCGUCAUUUUUAAAACUUUUUCCUUUCUUCGGGUUAGCAUGGACGGCUGUGGCUGUAGGCAACCUCCUGAUGUACAAACCCCGUUUCCAUGAGUUGGGAAAUUGUGUUAGAUGUAAAUGUAAACGGAAUACAAUGAUUUGCAAAUAAUAUUCAACCCAUAUUCAGUUGAAUGCACUACAAAGACAAGAUAUUUGAUGUUCAAACUCACAAACUUUAUUUUUUUUUUGCAAAUAAUAAUUAACUUAGAAUUUCAUGGCUGCGACACGUGCCAAAGUAGUUGGGAAAGGGCAUGUUCACCACUGUGUUACAUCACCUUUUCUUUUAACAACACUCAAUAAACGUUUGGGAACUGAGGAAACUAAUUUUUGAAACUUUUCAGGAGGAAUACUUUCCCAUUCUUGCUUGAUGUACACCUUAAGUUGUUCAACAGUCUAUAGUCUCUGUUGUCGUAUUUUAGGCUUCAAAAUGUUCAAUGGGAGACAGGUCUGGACUACAGGCAGGCCAGUCUAGUACCCGCACUCUUUAACUAUGAAGCCACGCUCUUGUAACACGUGGUGUGGCAUUGUCUUGCUGAAAUAAGCAGGGGCGUCCAUGAUAACGUUGCUUGAAUGGCAGUAUAUGUUGUUCCAAAACCUGUAUGGACCUUUCAGCAUUAAUGGUGCCUUCACAGAUGUGUAAGUUACCCAUGCCUUGGGCACUAAUACACCCCUAUACCAUCACAGAUGCUGGCUUUUCAACUUUGCGUCGAUAACAAUCCUCUUUGUUCCCGAGGACACAAAUGUCCACAGUUUCCAAAUAUAAUUUGAAAUGUGGACUCGUCAGACCGCAGAACACUUUUCCACUUUGCAUCAGUCCAUCUUAGAUGAGCUCGGGCCCAGAGAAGCCGGCGGCGUUUCUGGAUGUUGUUGAUAAAUGGGUUUGGCUUUGCAUAGUAGAGUUUUAAUUUGUACUUACACAUGUAGCGACCAACUGGAGUUACUGACAGUGGUUUUAUGAAGUGUUGCUGAGCCCAUGUGGUGAUAUCCUUUACACACUGAUGUCAGUUUUUGAUGCAGUUCCGCCUGAGGGAUCAAAAGUCCGUAAUAUCAUCGCUUACGUGUAGUGAUUUCUCCAGAUUCUCUGAACCUUUUGAUGACUUUACGGACCGUAGAUGGUAAAAUCCCUAAAUUCCUUGCAAUAGCUCGUUGAGAAAUGUUGUUCUAAAACUGUUAGACAAUUUGCUCACAAAUUGGUGACCCUCGCCCCAUCCUUUCUUGUGAAAAACUGAGCAUUUUUUGGGAAGCAAUUUUUAUACCCAAUCAUGGCACCCACCUGUUCCCAAUUAGCCUGCACACCUGUGGGAUGUUCCAAAUAAGUGUUUGAUGAGCAUUCCUCAACUUUAUCAGUUUUUUUUGCCACCUUUCCCAACUUCUUUGUCACGUGAUUAUUUGCCCAAACAUUUUUUUUAGCAGUUUGAACUUUAAAUAUGUUGUUUUUGUAGCAUAUUCAACUGAAUAUGGGUUGAAAAUAAUUUGCACAUCAUUGUAUUCCGUUUAUAUUUACAUCUAACACAAUUUCCCAACUCAUAUGGAAACGGGGUUUGUAGUAGGUUGAAAAUAGAAACUUUUAUUAUUAUUUUCGCUGCCAGUGUUCUUCGUUCUACCUCUUCUGGUUCUGAUCUCGUGGACGAAUAAAAGAAGCCAAACAAGAGAACAGGAUCUUUUAGAAAAAAAAACUGGAAGUGAAACCCAAAGUGGAAAUUUCAUACAGCUUGUCUAAAUAAACCAUAUCAUCAAAGUGCGCCUGCGCGGCCUUUUUUUUUUUUUUGAUUGGCCGCCUGCGCGCUGUCACUUUAAGGAAAAUGACAUCAAACGUUGAUGGGCUUUGUCAUCUCUAACACAAAGCAACUUUGUGUUUUUAGUGAUUCUGUCAUUCAACAAACUAAUUUUCUUUCAGUAAAACUCAAAUAAAUGAAUUUAAAAAAAGCUGUGAACGUCGCACAUUAAAAGUUGACUGAAAUACGACUUUAUAAUUUUAUUUUAUACAUCCCGAUACGUUUUUUUUUCUCAUGCUUUUGUUGACAAGUUGAAAGAAAAAGACGUUUGGUUGUUGUGCAAUACUUUGAAGUCAAGUUUGUUGGAAAAUGUAAUUUUUGAUUUUGUUUUUUAUUUUAUUUUUGUAACCAUGCUGAUUAUAAAGUAAUGCAGUAAAUGUUUGUCGGUCUGUGAAAAUUUUCUGCUAUUGAUGUUCUCUUUAUGCCGUAUUAAAUAUCUUCAUACCUGAA